AUGCAGGAGCUGCGUCUGCUGUGCCUGGUGGUCCUCGCGGGCCUGGUGCAGGCCUGUCCGGAGCCCUGUGAAUGCGGGGAGAAGUAUGGUUUCCACAUCGCCGACUGUGCCUACCGUGACCUGCAGGCCGUGCCAUCCGGCUUCCCGGCCAACGUGACCACGCUGAGCCUGUCAGCCAACCAGCUGACAAGCCUGCCGGGGGGCGCCUUCAGGGAGGUGCCCCGGCUGCAGUCGCUGUGGCUGGCCCACAACGAGAUCCGCAGUGUGGCCGCGGGUGCCCUGGCCUCUCUGAGCCAACUCAAGAGCCUGGAUCUCAGCCACAAUCUCAUCUCCGACUUUGCCUGGAGCGACCUGCACAGCCUCAGUGCCCUUCAGUUGCUCAAGAUGGACAGCAAUGAGCUGACCUUCAUCCCCCGCGACGCCUUCCGCAGCCUUCGCGCCCUGCGCUCGCUGCAGCUUAACCAUAACCGCCUGCACACACUGGCCGAGGGCACUUUUGCCCCGCUCACUGCACUGUCUCACCUGCAGAUCAACGAUAACCCCUUCGACUGUACCUGCGGCAUUGUGUGGUUCAAGACGUGGGCCCUGACCACGGCCGUGUCCAUCCCAGAGCAGGACAACAUCACCUGCACUUCGCCCCAUGUGCUCAAGGGCACGCGGCUGAACCGCCUGCUGCCGCUGCCCUGCUCCGCUCCCUCGGUACAGCUCACCUACCAGCCCAGCCAGGAUGGGGCCGAGCUGCGUCCGGGCUUUGUGCUGGCACUGCACUGUGACGUGGAUGGGCAGCCGGCCCCCCAACUCCACUGGCACAUCCAGACGCCCGGUGGCACCGUGGAGAUCGCUAGCCCCAACGUGGGUGCCGAUGGGCAUGCCCUGCCUGGUGUCCUGGCAGCCAGCAGCCGCCCGCGCUUCCAAGCCUUUGCCAAUGGCAGCCUGCUCAUCCCUGACUUUGGCAAGCUGGAGGAGGGCACCUACAGCUGCCUGGCCACCAACGAGCUGGGCAGCGCGGAGAGCUCGGUAAAUGUGGCCCUGGCCACACCAGGUGAGGGUGGCGAGGACGCGCUGGGGCGCAGGUUCCAGGGCAAAGCAGCCGAGGGGAAGGUCUGCUACACGGUCGACAACGAGGUGCAGCCGUCAGGGCCAGAGGACAACGUGGUCAUCAUCUACCUCAGCCGCCCCAGGGGCCCCGAGGCUGCAGCAGCAGCAGAAGGGGUCUCUGGGAAGCAGCCCCCUGGCCUGCUUCUGCUGGGCCAGAGCCUCCUCCUCCUCUUCCUUGCUUCCUUCUAG